AUGCAGAAAGGUUACGAACAUAAGGACAUAGAUACAGAUGGAGGAUGUCAAGAAGGAGGAGGAGUCAGAGGAGUUUCUGAAUAUGGCAAAGAUGAUGUCAGCCAGCAAUCCCAUUCUGAUAAAUCCCAAUCCCAUCCGUCUGACUCUGCUGCAGGACCCGAGAAAUAUAUCGAGAAACGACAGGACGAGAUUGAGGACACAAAUGCUGAUGAAGAAGAAAGAAAACACAGGGAGCAGAUCAAUAAAGUGAAUAAAGUUGACGAAAGGACUGGAGACACAUCCGAAGCUAUCAAACCGAUUCAGUAA